AUGGCAAGCAUCAGUGAUGCAGCCAUCGUGGGCGCUAACACGAGCAGCAACAGCGUGUUAACGAGUCGUAAGUGUUCCUCGACACCGUCGUUACCUCAAGCAACUGCUGACAAGACUUCAGAUUCAAGUGUCCCCGAGCAGGCUGUCUCUGAUGACAAUCUUUCCGUUAAGCAAGCCGCUGAAGCCAUAGCGGAGAGCGUCGUUAACGUAGCCAGCGCCGAGGCUCUUCUGGGGGCGAGCGGUGAUACCGCAAACCGAGUUUUUCUGGUCGACAAGCUUGCAUCGCUUGUGUCCUCACUCGCCUUCGGAGGCAACUUGGAGGUGAUGGAACUAUCGUCGCUUCUGUCCCCUGUUCCUCCAGCGCUUCCACAACGGUCUUUGCCAUCACUUAAUGAGCCUCAGGGCUUUCUUAACUUGUCCUCCGUAUACCACUUGAUGGCAAAGUCCAUCCAGAGUCUUGCUGACACCGACUCCCAAGCUCUUGGAAACGAACGUUUGUCAAAAAGUGGAUCCUCUCAGGCUAAGACAAGCUCGCAGUCCGGCACCAAUAACAGCAAAGGUCCGAUGAGUUGCGGCAGGUCCCCUUCUUUGAGGGUUCUUCCCUCGGCCGUCCCCUCGCCAGCCUCUUCCUUCGACCCCACCUACCCUCCGAGCAGCAGCCCACCCAGCAGGGGUAACUACAACUUCAACGCAGGCGAGGUCCAACUUGCUGUUGCAGGUAACUACAACUUCAACGCAGGCGAGGUCCAACUUGCUGUUGCAGGUAACUACAACUUCAACGCAGGGAGUUCCAACUUGCUGUUGCAGGUUCCGCUCUCGGAGGCGGGUGGGGACUGGCAGCUGCGGGUGGACGGCAGGACGCGGGUGGGCGGCAGCCUCAUCUUCUCCCAGACAGCGAACCUCACCUACUCCCCCACCUUCCUGACCAUCCUCAUCCAGCCGUCUCGUCCCGUCUACAACGCCGGACAGACGGUUCGCUUCCGAGCCAUUCUGCUGACGAGGGACCUGAAGCCCUACGACGAGCCCGUGGACGUGUUCGUGCUGGACUCGCACGGCCGCGUCAUGCGCCGCUGGCCCUCCAUGCAGACCGGGCACGGUGUGGUGACGCUGGCGUUCGAGCUCCCCCAGUACCCCGUACUGGGCAGGUGGAGGCUGCGGGUGGAGGCUCUGGCGCAGGUGGAGGACAAAACCUUCCUCGUGGAGCAAUACUUCAGACCCAGGUUUGAGGUGUUCGUGCGGUUGCCACACACCGUCAAGACGGUAGACGAGCGCCUGACGGGCGUCGUGGUCGCCAACAUGACGAACUGGCGACACGUCCACGGCAACUGCUCCUUGCUGCUCCAGUCGGCCUUCCACUCCAAAAACUCCAUACCCAGCGACGCAGACUUCUCCACCGUUUAUAACGAAUUCAUACAUAACUUCCAGGGAGUGCACCCCUUCGACUUCGACAUCAGUGGACUGGUGUCCACUUCUUCAGGCGAGGACUUGGACUUGAGUCUUCGCGUGGUGGCCGACGUGGGGGACGUGUUUGGCUGGAGGAUAAUACGAGGCUGGGCGAUCGCCAGAGUCGUCCAUGACGAAGCAAUGCUUCAAAUUCUUGGCGACCAGCCGCUGGUUUUCCGUCCUGGAAUGCCUAUCACCGUCCACGCGUUUGCCUCGUACGCUGACCAUCAUCCGUUCGAUGAAGAGGAACUUGAGCAGGCCAAGGUGACAAUCACCUUGUACGUAUCGGGAGGAACAAGCCAGGUCGAAAGCGCAGAGAUUUCAGGACUUGAUCUAGUCGAGCAAGGAGGUGUGGCGAAGGCGGUGUUUGACAUUCCGGAAUUGGCAGAAACUUUGAAAAUUGAUGCUCAGUUCAAGAGCACAAGCGGCCUGCAAGCUGCGUCCACCGCGCUGGGCACCAAACACCACUCCCCCCGGGACUACUACCUCCAAGUGGAAACAUCCAGUCAGGACAUCUCCCCAGGCGACUACAUCGUCCUGCACGUGAGGAACAACUUCAAGACUGACUACAUCAACUUCAUUAUGAGCGGCAGUGGAGUGGCGCUUUACACCGACCGCACUGCGGUCACAGACAAGAACCUGCCUACUGUCACCACCUUCGCCAUACCCGCGUCUACCGAAAUGGCGCCGGUGGCCAGAGUGACAGUGUGGGCCGUAGCAGACGACGGUCAGUUGGUCACCCACGCCAUCGCCAUUCCCGUCAACCCUCUGGGGCGCCAUGAGGUCGGCAUCCGCUGGAACGACCACAAAGACCACUCGGGCGGUUCAUCCGAGUGGAAAAUGCUCGGUGAAAUUGGGUCCUUUUUUGGCGUUUCUUCGUUGUGGGAGGAAACAAACUUCCUGGACGCGGGACAUGACCUCGACGAGUCUCGAGUGCUACAUCGCAUGAUGGGACUUGGAGAAGACGCCAUCUUAUCCGAGAAGUCAAGCCGGGCCCGUUUAUCGCAGCCACGUCCCAAAAACCAUCGCGUGCAGGACGAUUUCCCCUACGCCGAUGCGCCGAAGCCUCACAUCCGGCGGGCCGCCACCAGGUCCCGCGACGGUGGAGGUUCUAAGGUGCAGUUCUUCCCGACCAGUCUGGGGGGUCCCGACGUUGCCUCUACCUUCGCCUUCGCUGAUCUACUUCUACUUACUGACACUACCGUCUACUACCAGCGCAGUCAUGCAGCCGUUAUCUUGCAGCCUGGGGAGUUCCGGGACGUGAGCAUCCCCAUCGUGUUCACGGGGAUGGGGGAGGUGAUGGUGACGGGCGUGACAAUCCAGCAGCACACGUCGCGCCUGCUGGACCUGAAGAACAGAGGCCUCGUGUACGAGUUCCUGGACGUAGACCUGGACGAGUCCCCCAUCAUCCCGUACUCCCUGGAACGCAGAUACAUUUACGAUACACCCGCUGGACACAUCUCCAUCACUGGUGACGUGGUUGGGCCCUCAUUCCCCGAAAUCCCAGUAACGACGGACAUUAUGUUGGGCAUGGAACUGAUGGGGGCGGAGGCCGAGGCCUACAACUUUGCUGCAAAUUUGUGGUCCCUGCACUACCUGCGCCUCACAAACCAGCUGGACAGCAGCAUGACUUAUAAGGUCCUGAACGCCGUGGCGGUUCACUACGCCGCCAUCGCGAGGUACCAGAACGCCGACGGUUCGUUCUCGAUGUUCCCGGGCGACGAGGCGGGCGUGUGGCUCACAGCGCACGUCCUCAAGACGCUCCUCGUCGCCGACUUCCAGGACUGGGAGAACCACCUGUACAUAGACCGCAAAAUACUGAGUACAGCGGCUUCGUGGCUCAUAGACCAUCAGACCAGCGAUGGGAGCUUCGCCGAGACCCCUUACUACCAAGACCUCGAACCUGAAGUAGACCCCAACAAGAGGAAGGCGCGCAACCGCAGCGUCGCCCUGACGGCGCACGCGCUGCUCGCGCUGGUGCCCGUGACGCCCACCCUGCAGAGCGCCCUCAGGGUCAGGGCGAACUCUGCCAUCACCAGCGCUAUCAGUUACUUGGACCGCAAACUGCCCAGCCUGGUGGACCCGUACGACGUCGCGGUUGUGGCAUGGGCGCUAACUAAGGCGGGGGCGGGUGGUGCGGACGCUGCUUUUGCACGUCUCGCCUCCAUGAAACGCACUGAAGGGUCGCGGGUGUACUGGUCAAGAGAACCCAUUGGGACGAACCCUCUGGUGUACGAGGACAGCCAACGGCCCUUUAUUCAACCCAAGGACGACCAGAAGUGGGACGCGCACGCUGUGGAGACGACUGCGUACGCGCUGCUGCUGUACGUGGAGCGCGAGAGCCUCGGCGUCGUGCAGGAGAGCAUCGUGCGCUUCCUCGCCGAGAUGCGCAAGACGGACGGCGGACACAUCACGACCGUCGACAGCGUGGUUGCUCUAGAGGCAUUAGUUGCGUACUCAUACCGCGCUCGUAUACGCGACAUCACAGACCUACACGUGCGCUUUGAGAUGUCAACCAACCCCAACCAGACGCUCGACGUGCACCUCUCCAACGACGGCAACCUUGCAGCCAUCCGCUCCUUUGACCUGGAGACUAUCUAUGGCCACAUCAACGUGAUAGGGCAUGGAUCAGGACAGGCUAUUGUUCAGCUGGAAUACACCUACGCAGUCGACCAGCCUGACGAAAUGGACUAUCCGCCAGUGGAUGCGUACGACCUCGAGAUCAAAGCCCAGUAUUCCGGUCGCAAUCAAUCUCACAUCAACAUCACCGCCUGCCAAAGAUGGACAUGCGAGGAAGAUGGCGAGACGAGCGGCUUGGCCAUCACCAGCAUCCACCUGCCCUCAGGUUACUACGUCAUGCAAGACGACCUCAUCCGUCUCGUGGACAGCCGAGUUGUGCCCAACCUGCGCUGGGCAGUACGCACCGACACCACGGUUGACCUCUACUUCAGUAGGUUGACGGAGGAGUGGACGUGCGUUAGCUACCAAGUGGAACGCUGGCACGCUGUCUCCAACCACUCCCGCUACAACGCAGCAGCCAUCUACAGCCACUUCCAACCUGAACGGUUCAACCAGACACUGUUCGAGGUGUACUCUCUGUACGACCUUGACAUCUGUGAAGUGUGCGGUUCUUUCCAGUGUCCAUACUGCCCCUUCUACAGCGGGGGCUUCAUGCCCACCCCCUCCAUGUGGGUUUGGUUACCCCUCCUCCUGGUGUGGGGGUCUGUCCCCCAUCUAUGGACCCAUAGAUGAUCCAUAGAUGAUCUUCACCCAUUAUUUAUUCUUUGUUAUCGAUGUAAGUUUUUAUAUUUGCCUUCGGAAACAGAUUUUUAUACACGUUAAUUUUGCUAAUUUAAGUUGCUAGAAGUCAUAAAUAAGGCUUUAAACGUAUUAAGUGCCUGCUAACUGUCGCUCUAGUCUGUCGGCUAUAAUUAUUAAUGUUGCA